CAUCUGAUACCCUUUAACGUCAUAUUUCAUCAUCGUCUUCUGUUUCUCUUUCCCCCAACAAUGGCGACAGGUUUGAUCCGUCGAUCUCUGUCUAGGGUUCAAUCUUCUCCGGCGGCGAAGCUCUUUCUCUCCCGAGCACAUGCAUCCGAGCCCCAGGCUCAACAAGUGGAGCCCAUCAGCCGAUCCACUCAUAGCCUCAAGAACUUCCAAAUCUACCGAUGGAAUCCCGACAAUCCGGCCAAACCAGAACUUCGAAACUAUCAGAUCGACCUCAAGGAGUGCGGUCCUAUGGUUCUCGACGCACUCAUCAAGAUCAAAAACGAGAUUGAUCCUACCUUGACGUUCCGUCGGUCUUGCCGUGAGGGAAUCUGCGGCUCCUGUGCUAUGAACAUCGAUGGAUGUAAUGGACUUGCUUGUUUGACGAAAAUUUCGUCGGGAGAUGCCACGAUGAUUACGCCUUUGCCACAUAUGUUUGUGAUUAAGGAUCUGGUGGUGGAUAUGACGAAUUUUUAUAAUCAGUAUAAGAGUAUUGAGCCGUGGUUGAAGAGGAAGUCUCCGGCGCCGUCUGGUUGGGAAGGGAAAGAGGUUCCUCAGAGUAAGAAGGACAGGGAAAAGCUCGAUGGGAUGUAUGAGUGCAUAUUGUGUGCUUGCUGUAGCACAUCAUGCCCUAGUUAUUGGUGGAAUCCUGAGUCUUACCUUGGCCCCGCCGCUCUUCUUCAUGCCAAUCGGUGGAUCAUGGACAGUCGUGAUGAAUAUACAAAGGAGCGUCUAGAUGCUGUAAAUGAUGAAUUCAAGUUGUAUCGUUGCCAUACAAUCUUGAAUUGUGCUCGUGCCUGCCCCAAGGGGUUGAACCCUGGAAAGCAAAUCCAGAACAUCAAGUCCCUCCAAAGCUAAGUGUUUUCUUUUUCCCUUCAAAUUAUAAUCAACUUUAGAGGGAUGCCGAUUGCCAUCCCUAUUUCAGUAUGGGAUCAUGUUUAAACAUCUCUCUAAACUUUUUGCUGCUGAUAAAUAAUUGGUGGACAUGCUUGUAUCUUGCCAUUGCUUCUGUUUUGAUGAUCGGAGUCCUCUGAUGAUAUCAUUGUUAUCAAAUUUGGUUGUGAAAA